AUAGAGUCUUCAUAGUAGCCGAAUCGGUAGCGUCCGAGUCUAACCACAAUGCUCAGUAACCCCUCAUUGUAAGCAGCAAUAAAUAAACGGGUCACCUCUUUCGCACCAUCAUUCUACACCGUGUGCAGUCUCCCGAACAACGCCAAAUGCUGCGAGGUCUUCCCUUUCGGUCAUCGCUGCUGCUCGCGGUGGUGGCCCUCGUCAUGCUGAUGUUUGUGAUAUGCUUGGAAGGCCGCAGCGCUAAGAUGCAGUGGCCCCGCUUCACCUACUGCGUCAGCAGGCGCGGGGGCCCAGCUCUGGCGACGCCCAGCGGAAGCUGUGCCGCCCGCAAGAUGUACGGGCAGUUCCGUACCAUGAGCCGCAUCAACUGCAAGAACUGCGACAAGUACUUCCACUGCAUGGCCAACUGGCUGGCGACGCGGAGGUGCCGGGGACGGUACAACUGGAAGGUCGCCAUAGUAAUCAGCCACUGCAGAGAGUACUCGCAGCCCGGAAACCCAGCUGACAGGCGCGGCGACGAGGCAGCUAACCGAUAUGGCCGGGGCGGCGGGAAUUGCGGAGCACGCUACUUGCGCCGACACAGAUGUGCCUACAACCCAAGAACGGGACAAUGCAAGUGGUGAUCACAGAAGAUACAUGGAUCAGCAGACUGCGCGCACCGUCCCCAAAGAGCCAAAACUGUCUGGAUCUGUAUGUGCAAAAUAAAAUAAGAAGAGAGGA